AUGAAGAAUAGAUCCAACAAGCCACCUUCUACAUACAGUUACAACUUUACUCCUGAUUAUCUUGUGCCUAUUGAAAAUGAUAAUCUUAAUAGUGUGUCCAUUGAAAAUGAUAAUCUUGAUAGUGUGUCAAUUAUUGAUGAAGUUAAUAAUGAUGAUGAUGCCGAUGAUGAUGAUGAUGAUAAUGGUCCUAGAGAUAGUUUGAGUAGACAUUUUACAGCUAAUUUGUAUACUAGAGCUUUAUCAAAUGGAGAGAUAUGUGAUAAAGAUUGGCUUGUUUAUUCGAAAGAGCUUGAUAGAGUAUUUUGUUUUUGUUGUAAAGUUUUUAAAAAUGGGAUUGUUAGGGGACAAUUAGCAAAUGAGGGUUAUAGUGAUUGGGUACAUGUUGGUGAAAGAAUUAAAGAGCACGAGUUAGGCAUGGGACAUGUUAAAAAUAUGACUACUUGGUAUGGGUAUCGCAAAAGGCAGCAAAAAUUUCAAACUAUUGAUAAAACAACUCAAAGAUUAAUUGAGAAAGAAAAGGAUCACUGGAAAAAUGUUUUAAAAAGAGUUAUUUCAAUAGUGAAAUUUCUUGCUAAACAUAAUUUAGCCUUUCGUGGUUCUAAGGAGAAAUUGUACGAAGAUAGCAAUGGAAACUUUUUGGGAUUGAUUGAAAUGUUAGCUGAAUUUGACUCAAUCAUCCAAGAACAUGUUAGACGUGUUACAACUCAAAAAUUUCAUAUUCAUUAUCUUGGGUAUAACAUACAGAAUGAGUUGAUUUCAUUGCUUGGUUCUGCGAUUAAAAUUGAAAUCAUUAGAAAAAUCAAACAGGCAAAGUAUUUGUCAGUGAUACUUGAUUGUACUCCUGAUGUUAGUCACCAAGAGCAGAUGUCUUUGAUAAUAAGAUAUGUGGAUAUUUCUUCAUCUUCUGUUAAUAUUGAGGAAUCAUUUUUAGGAUUUUUGAAUGUGAAUGAUACAAGUGGUCAGGGGCUUUUUGAUGUUUUACAAAAUGAAUUGAAAGAAUUUGGUCUCGACCUAUUUGACGUGAGAGGGCAAGGUUAUGAUAAUGGGUCCAAUAUGAAAGGAAAACACCAAGAUAAUGUAAAAGGGUUGACUCCAAAAUCAUUGUCAUCCACUCGUUGGGAGAGUCGUGUAGAAAGUGUUAAAGUUAUAAGAACUCAAAUGUUAGAAUUUACAGAAGCUUUGCUUGAAGUGUCAGAAAAUGAUCUUGAUCCUAAAAUACAAAAUGAAGCUAAAUCCUUAGCAACAAAUGAGCUUGGUGAUUUUGAGUUUUUGAUGGCUAUAAUUAUUUGGUUUGAAAUAUUAUCUGCAAUUAAUUCUGUUAGCAAACUUUUACAGGAAAAGGAUAUGCUUAUUGAUGUUGCUAUGCAAAAAAUUAAGGGGUUGAUUUCGUAUUUUGAGGGAUAUAGAGAAACAAGUUUUUAUAAGGUAUUGAUUAAUGCUAAGGAAAUUGCGGUGGAAUUGAAUAUUGCCUCAAUAUUUUCUCAAAGGCCUGUUGUUUCUCUUAAUAAGAGGUUUGAGCAAUACCAAGAGUAUGAAAGUAUUUUUGGUUUCUUGUUUACUUCUCACAAGUUACAAUCAUUAGAUGAUGCAACUUUGAAGUCUUCUUGUACUAACUUUGAGCAGGCAUUGAAACAUAAUGAGCAAUCUGAUAUUGAUGGGAAUGAAUUUUUUGCAGAGUUGAAGUUACUAAGAGAAAUGUUGCCUGAAGAAACCAUAAGACCUACUGAUAUAUUAUUAUUUUUAAAAGGCUUGGAUUGUUUUCCUAAUACAGUUAUUGCAUAUAGAAUCUUAUUGACUAUUCCUGUGACAGUUGCUUCUGCAGAAAGAAGUUUUUCAAAAUUGAAGUUGUUAAAGACUUACUUGCGGUCAACCAUGUCACAAGAAAGGCUUAAUGGAUUGGCAUUAAUAGCUAUUGAAAAUGAUAUUUUGGAGACAAUAAAAUAUGAAGACUUAGUUGACGAUUUUGCUUCAAAAAGUGUUCGUAGGAAGACUCUUUUCAUGUAG